AUGUUCAACAUAUUUUUGACACUUUCUACUAUAGUUUUCUUUACAUUUUCAUCAAGAUCGCAUGCGUGUGAAAUUAAAGAAAUAUUGUACAUUCCCAAUGAAUAUGAUUACUAUUUGGAACCAGUCGUGUUGUCUGGAGACAAAUAUGGUUUGACAACACCAAUUAUUGGAGAAGAAUGUGGUCAUAUUUAUAAGUCGUGCUCAAAAAGAAGGAGAAGAAAUUCACAAGUAUCGCGAACGAGUAAAUAUUGCUUAUUUUUUUACGCCGACCGAGAUAAGAUUCUGAAUACUGAGAAGCAGUGUUUUGAUGUCCAGACGGCUAUCUACAAAGCGGGAGUAAAGAUUAAAAGAACUGCGGAAUACGAGCUUCGCUCGAGUAUUCAAUUUUUACUUCGUAAUGGAGAACUUUCCCAGUUGUUCCUUAGUCAUCCAUUAAUUCAAUAUGAAAUUAGACAAAGAAUCCCUUUGAAUAAUUCUAAACUUCUUUCAACAGUCGAGGCUACUAACGUUGCAUGUUUUCAAUCGAAGGCAGCAAUUUCGUUCAAAUUGAAGAUUCCAAAAGUUGAAAAAAUGUUGAUUAAAGUAUGCACCAGUUAUGAAAUUUAUAUGAACAGUGGUUAUCUGUAUUAUGAGUCUGCGACAAGUCCGUUCCGAGCAAUUGAAAUAAAUACAAAUAAAUGUUUAAUGGAGAGCUUUAUAUUUUGUCCACCUGAAUCGAUUCGCGAAAUCAAUUGCAUUGAAGAAAAUUCCAGAGUUUGCAGUUUUUCUGAUAUUAGCAAGGUGUCCGAUAGUUUUCAACUAUUAUGGAUUUUUCCGUUUUUUAUAUCAAUAUGUGAAUGUCUACCCUCCAAAUACAUUUUAUUUAUGUUCCAUGCCUACAUUUUUUCACAGAAUUUAUUAUUUUCAUAA